AUAGUAUUUCAAUACACCUUUUCAGCUGAUGGUAUUGCACUAGGAAGUGCUUCAACAAUUAACAAAUCAGAUGUACAGCUCAUAGUUUUCGUCGCUAUAAUGUUGCACAAGGCUCCAGCAGCAUUCGGCCUAGUUUCUUUUCUGCUUAUGGAAGGGAUCGAUGUGCGAAGCGCUCGAAAACAUCUCCUCGUCUUCAGCUUAGCCGCCCCUUUCGCUGCUAUUGUAACGUUUGCUGUUGUUGAGAGUCUAGGCCGUGAUUCGGUAUGGUCUUCCGAAUCAUCAACUGGAGUGCUCAUGCUGUUCUCAGCAGGGACAUUUCUUUUUGUCGCUACGGUUCAUGUACUGCCAGAGCUGGCUAAUCGUGCUAAGUCGCAGAAGGAUUACAUGUUAGUUGUGGAUGCGCAGUCUCCGGCAACCGCGGGUCAUUCCCACUCAGGU